AUGAUUGCUGCCCGCUAUGCCACCGCCGUCGUCCUUGCCCUCGUGCUGCCACUGCCGGCGGCGGUGACCCUGAAAAUUUCCUGCGACGGCUCCGUCUACACGGCCAACGGCACGUUCCAGGCGAACCUGGACCUCCUCGGCGCGGCGCUCCCAGCCAACGCCUCCGCCUCGCCGUCGGGCUUCGUCACCGCCUCCGUCGGCGCGGCGCCCGAUCAGGCCAACGCCCUAGCGCUCUGCCGCGGGGACACCAACGCCUCCGCCUGCGCCGCCUGCGUCGCGGCGGCGUUCCAGGACGCGCAGCAGGCCUGCCCGCAGGACAAGGGCGUCGCGGUCUACAGCGACGCGUGCGUCCUCCGCUUCGCCGGCACCCGGUUCCUCGACUUCCUCCAAGGGGACCAGUGGCUCGUCUCGGAAUUGAUCCCUGUCGUUGACACCGCCACGGCGAGCGUCAACGCCUCGGAUGCCUACUUCAGGGCUGCCGUCACCGCGAUCUUCACCGCCCUGGUCGACCGCGCGGUAGCGGGGACCAACGAGACGAGGAAGUACUUCGCCACGGGGGAGAUGGACUUCGAUCCCAAGCUCUACGGACUCGCGCAAUGCGCGCCGGAUCUAACGCCGACGCAGUGCCAGGGCUGCCUAGGGCAGCUCUUCCUGGUAACCGAGCUGCGGUACCUGAGCGCGCGGCCCCUGUCCCUGUGGACCAGCGCUUUCGUGGUGUGGUGCUCCCUGAGGUACGGCGUGUCGCCGUUCCACGAGGGCCGGGCGAUGCUGCAGCUCGCCGCCCCGCCAGCACCAGCACCAGCACCAUCACCGGAGGCCACGAUCACGCCUCCUAUUCCAGAAUCGGGAGCAGGGAGGAACAGGACUGCAGCGGGAAUCAUUGCAGGCGUUGCCUGUUCCGUCGUGCUAAUGUUUCUUCUUUCAGUUUGUUUAUGCUUUCGCUUCAGGCCAAGAAUUAAGGCGACAGAGAACGACCACUCACUGGAGAAGAUAGGGAGAGCGCACUGCACCAUCUUUGAUUUGCCGACAUUGCAACAGGCCACUGAACACUUCUCAGAGAGGAAUAAGCUCGGAGAAGGUGGUUUUGGUACCGUAUACAAGGGAAUACUGUCUGACGGGCAAGUGAUAGCAGUCAAGACACUCCUAGGAACAACAGGGCAUGGGCUGCAGCAGCUACACAAUGAGGUUGUAUUACUGGCAGAGCUUCAGCACAAGAACCUUGUUAGGUUACAGGGGUUUUGCCCACAUCAGAAUGACACACUGCUCGUUUAUGAGUACGUCAAGAAUGGGAGCCUCGACAACUUUCUAUUCGGUAGUAGGGGACUUAAUUGGGAGCAACAUUACAACAUCAUUCUUGGAAUUGCCAAGGGAGUAUUGUAUCUCCAUGAGGACUCAAGCAUGAGGAUCAUCCAUCGGGACCUGAAGGCAAACAACAUUCUUCUCGACGACAACAUGGAACCGAAAAUCGCAGACUUUGGGCUCGCAAGGCUGCUAGAGGAAGGUCACACCCAAAGUCGGACAGCCAAAGUUGUUGGGACGCUCGGCUACAUGGCGCCAGAGUAUGCGAUGCACGGGAACGUCUCGCCCAAGAUCGAUGUCUUCAGCUUGGGCGUGUUGGCCCUUGAGAUCGUGACCAGGAGAAGCAACUGCAGCUCUAAUGACCACGGCACCGUGAAUCUCCUGAGUGAUGUCUGGGAUCACUGGACCAAAGGUACAAUAUCGCAGAUGCUGCACCGACUGGACGACGGGUAUGCUCGAAACCAGGCGCUACGAUGCAUCCACAUCGGUCUGCUGUGUGUCCAGCAGGACCCUGGCCACAGGCCGGACAUAUCAGCCGUGGUGUUCAUGCUAACCAGGGAUAGCAUGGAGCUCCGGCCUCCGUCGCAACCUGCAUUCUUCUUCGGGAGAGCUUCAAGGUCAAAUGGGCAAAGCAGCUACUUAUAUGACCAGUCAGAUUUCGUAUUGCAACAGAGUUUCUCUGUGAAUGGGAUUACACUUACUGAACCGUAUCCAAGGUAGGUCCAAAGUAUGUGAACUACAGUAGUUGUGAGUCGACCGCGAAUAUAAAUGCAUAAUGCAGGCUAGAGAUUUAUCACCGUGAA